AGUUAAGGUCUUGACAGAGUGACAGUGACAGGAGCCCAAGCCUCAGACACACAGCUAGGCAUUUCAGAGAGAAAUCUGAGAGAAGCCUACCCCCGCAAAGGAAAGACUUUGUCUUGAGAAUGGCUGAUUUGUCUCUUCAUUCAGCAUCACGCUUUUUCUUUUUUGCUAAAAUUUCCUCCUUCAUUAAGAGAGGUAUCAGUUUCCAAACACUAGGAUGCAUAUUUGUAACUGAGUUCUGCAUUGCGUUGUGCAAGCCUCUACACGGUGGUUGUUCUCAGCAUUGUGUCACACGUCCGUUGAUAGACGUUCCAAAGUUCUAUGGGAAAUGCUGGUUCAACUCCGUGCCUUCAAAUCACCCAAGGAUUUGCAAACUGAUGUGUUGUCAUUUUCCGAAAGAAGGAUGUGCUGGACCUCCAGGGCCACCAGGAUAUCCAGGACCUCCAGGUUUGAGAGGGAUACCAGGUUUACCAGGAUUGCCAGGACCUCCAGGACCAAGUGUAAAAUGCCCGUGCAACAGAACGUCCGCCUUCACUGAGAAGCUCAGUGACAAGCUGCCUUCACCUUUGAAGCCUGUUACCUUCAAAGAGGUCCUGUACAAUGCCCAGAGAGACUUACAGGAGGACACUGGGGUCUUCACAUGCAGGGUGCCAGGAAAUUCCCAUUUCCUCUUUGAUGUGGAGCUCCAGCACAGCACGGUGAUCGUUCGGCUGAUGAGGAACAAAAGUUCUGUCUUAGAAAAGCAUCAGGUCUCCACCAAAGAGUCCAGGAGUCUCUCUGGCAUGUUGACCCUGCCACUGAGCGUAGACAAGAAGGUGUGGCUAGAAGCAGAAGUGGAAACCGAGGAGCCGGAGCAAGCCACAGCUACAGUCUAUUUCUCUGGUUUCCUGACAUGGUUCUGGCCUCUCUAUAUAGCGAAGACAAAUCCCUUAUGAUUUUGCUGUCUAAAGCAAACAAACAAAUAAAUAAAC